CCAUGUUUUCAGAUCAAACCCUCUUCCACUACAGCCUCCUCUCUCUCUACAUCGCCGCCCCCUUCACCGCCCUCUCUCUCCUCUUCCUCCAAGCUCCUUACGGCAAGCACAUCCGUCCAGGGUGGGGCACCACCAUCUCCCCACCCCUAGCCUGGUUCCUCAUGGAAAGCCCCACCCUCUGGCUCACCCUCCUCCUCUUCCCUUUAGGCCAAAACCACUUCAACCCAAAAUCCCAUCUCCUCAUCUCCCCCUUCCUCUUCCACUACCUCCACCGCACGCUCCUCUACCCUCUCCGCCUUCACCUCCAAACCCACCACCGGAAAACCACCUCCGGUUUUCCGGUCUCCGUCGCCGCCAUGGCCUUUUUCUUCAACUUCUGGAAUUCCUACUUGCAAGCCAGAUGGGUCUCUCACUAUGCCACCUACGAAAAUGAUGGGUGGUUUUGGUGGCGGUUUGCCGGUGGAAUGGUGGUUUUUGUGAGCGGUUUUGCGGUGAAUGUGUGGUCUGACAUGGUUCUGGUGGGCUUGAAAAGUGAGGGUGGAGGUGGGUAUAAGGUGCCCAGAGGAGGGUGGUUUGAGGUUGUGAGUUGUCCAAAUUAUUUGGGGGAGAUUGUGGAGUGGUCGGGCUGGGCUUUUAUGACUUGGUCUUGGGCUGGGCUUGGGUUUUUUUUGUACACGUGUGCUAACUUGAUGCCUAGGGCACAGGCCCAUCACAAGUGGUAUUUGGAGAAGUUUGGGGAGGAUUAUCCUAAGAAUAGGAAAGCUGUCAUCCCAUUUGUAUAUUGAGGACUUUUUAGAUGCUCCAUUUGGAUAUUGAUUAAUAUUAAUAAAUGAUGAUGAGUCUUUACUUAAUUUUUUUUUA